AUGUUUUUAUUACUGCUACCAUUCACACUUAUGCUCGUGUACUUUUAUCUCACAAAAAAUUACGACUACUGGGCGCGACGCAAUGUGAAACAUGAUCGCCCUGUACCAUUAUUUGGCAACCUGUUCAGCAAUAUCAUUGGAAAAAAGAGCAUCACAGAAAUAACAAAAGAAAUGUACAAUAAAUACCCCAAUGAGAAAGUUGUUGGAUUGUAUCUUGGAACCACCCCGGAGCUGAUUAUUCGUGACUUGGAUAUCGUCAAAAGAAUUCUAACAACGGACUUUCCUUGUUUCUACUCACGGGGACUUGGCCGUAGUGCUAAAAUAGAACCUUUGUUCUUAAAUCUUUUCCACGUAAAUGGUGAUACCUGGAAGUUAUUGCGACAACGACUAACACCAGCUUUUACAAGUGCAAAGUUAAAAAAAAUGUUUCCGUUGGUCGUGGAAUGUGCUGCAAAGCUUCAAGCUACCUCCGAGGACAUUGUGAAUAAAGGUGGUGAAUGUGAUGUUCGCAAUCUGAUGGCGCGUUUUACUAUUGAAUUUAUUGGAGCCUGUGGCUUCGGAUUACAAAUGGAUACCAUUCGCAAUGAAAAUUCUCUUUUUUUAACCUUGGGUACAGACAUUUUUAAUCGUAAUCGAUCUUGGAACCACGCAGCUUUAGAAGCCUUGUAUGACGUGUUUCCAAACUUCAGGACAUUGAUGCAAAUUUUCUUAAAGGACUCGUUAUCGGACAUAAUCACUAAAAUUGUUGUAGAUGUCCGAAAUCAGAGAAAUAAUAAACCCUCCGGACGACACGACUUCAUAGACUUGUUAUUGGAACUAGAAGAGAAAGGGAAAAUAACGACAGAGUCUAUUGAAACGCAAGAUCCAGAUGGAAAACCAAACCUAGUUGAAAUGGAAUUGGAUUUGAAGUGUAUGGUGGCACAAGUGUUUGUAUUUUUUGCCGCUGGAUUUGAGACUUCUUCUUCGGCUACAAGCUACAUGUUACAUGAACUAGCUUUCCAUCCUGAAGAGCAGCUUAAAGUUCAAGAGGAAAUCGAUCAAGUCUUGUCUAAGUAUGGGAACAAACUCUGUUAUGACUCAAUCGCUGAUAUGACAUUAUUAAGCAUGUGCUUCAAGGAGGCUAUGAGGAAGUUUCCAUCUCUAGGCACCUUGCACAGAGAGUGCGUUAAGCGAUACACAAUUCCUGAACUGGGUAUUACCCUUGAUCCUGGAGUUAAGAUCAUAAUUCCAGUGGAAGCGAUACAAUACGAUGAAAAGUAUUUCGACAAUCCCUUCCAGUUUAAACCGGAGAGAUUUGCUGAUACAUUUAAACUAAAACAUAGCUGUUCGUAUUUGCCGUUCGGGGCGGGGCAUAGAUCGUGUAUUGGGGCCCGUCUAGGUGAAAUGCAAUCCUUGGCAGGUGUGGCAGCGUUGCUAUACAAGUUCAGUGUGGAGCCAAGUUCCUCGACGAAACAAAAACUAGAAGUGAAUCAUACUAGCAACACAGUUCAAUCCAUUAAGGGAGGACUGCCCUUGAAAUUGAAAUUAAGAAAGAAAAAUAUUGAUAUUACCACACACUACAUUUCAAAUAAAUACAUGGCACUCGCACAUGUCACUGUUUACCAUGGGCCGUGCCUCUCGUUUCACACCAUGGAGCAUAAGCCACAGAAGUUAACCGGCCUACGAAAUCGGCUCAUGAAGCUUGGUUACAAAGUGGACUUGAUCCCUGUUGAUCACGUCAACUACUGUAUGCUGGAAAUGUGCAGUCAUGAAAUAUUUCGUUGCAACCUAAAAAACUUGCACUUUAACACGCACUACCGACGGGAUCCUGUAUGCCAGCGAGCAGUGGAAGCCGUCAUACAAUCAGCAGAAAAGUUCAAACAAGCUCGCAUCCAUCUGUGGUGCUGGACAUAUUUAGACUACCAGAUGUUCAGGCGUGGUAUGUACACACCUAAGGACUACUGGCCCAACGACGUGGAAUUACCGAAACCUUACGUUUCGUGUGCUGAUUGUGUGGAAUGCUGCAAAAUUGUACUCAAGAAAAAAGAAGAAACUUCCCAAGAUCUUACAAAAUAA